GGGUUAACUUACUUUCGGUUUACAUAACCGCGCAAAUUCUACUUUCGAUAUGACUGAACCGAAGCGGUUACUUCACGAACUUCCAAAAGAAACUGUUCGUUUACUUGGGAGCUCUCAGGUGAUCACGUCUGUCUUCAGUGUCGUCAAAGAACUAAUAGAGAAUUCACUGGAUGCUGGGGCCACUUCUCUGGAGCUUAGAUUGGAAAACUAUGGUUUAGAUAAAAUUGAAUUGAGGGACAACGGAGCAGGAAUACCGGCCUCAGAUAUAUCAUUUGUUGCCAAAAAAUACCAUACCUCCAAAAUUACCAGCUUCUCUGACCUUGAGGAUCUAGUGACCUAUGGCUUUAGGGGUGAGGCUUUGGGAUCACUCUGUAAUGUGUCCAGCCUGUCAAUCACAACGCGUACUAAGGAGGAGGAAGUCAGCUCCACCUACAAUUUUAAUCACCAAGGGCAGAUAACUUCGUCUCGACCUUCUCACCUUGGAAUAGGUACUACUAUCACUGCCGUCAAUUUGUUUAAGAACUUGCCUGUGAGGAGGCAGUUUUACAAUACAAACAAGAAAAAGAAGGAUGAGUUAAAACGCAUUGAAGACCUUCUGUUGUCAUACGGGAUUGUCUCCCCUACGGUGAGGAUCAGCUUGCGACAUAACAAGGACAUCAUCUGGCAGAAAAAUCAGGUCAAAGAUGUUAAAACUGCUAUUUUGGAAACCCUUGGAAAAAAUGUCAGCUCCAGUCUUCAGAGAAAAGAGUUGUCUCUUGAAAUACCCAAGGUAGCUAUGGAGUUGUACCUACCCUCCCCUGGCUGUGAUUGGACGUCAGUGACCCGCAGCACCAGUGACAGGGGGUUUGUCUUUGUCAAUCACAGACCCGUCCAACAGAAGGAAGUGGAGAAGAUGAUCAGGAGUCACCUGGGACUAGAGAAGGGCAGGCACCCCGUAUUCAUUGCGUCCAUAGUCAUCCCUCCCUCCGACCUGGACGUCAAUGUGGAACCAAACAAAACCAGAGUUUUUCUUCACAGACAGGAGGCCAUUUUGGAAUUGUUAGAGAGUUACCUGAUAGAGGCUUAUGACCAAAACAAGUUGUCAAAUAAAGAGAAUCAUAUUUCACUGAACACAGAACCCCUUCCUGUGGAAAAAGAGGCAGAAGAAUCAUUAUCCAUCACAAAAAAUAUCCACAAUGAUUCAGAAACUGAGGUUAAUACUGAUUCCAUGGUAACAACUGAGCAUCGGGUCAAGGUCAUAACCCAAGGUGAUAUGAGUUUGAUUGACAGAUCACUUCCUGUUUUUCGCAUUACACUAGAACAGGAAGAGGUUCAAAAUGAAAGUAGUGCUCCUUCUGUUGUUGAAGAUUUACCAUGUUUGCCAACGACCUUAAACCAAGCUACCACUCAUGAACAGGAAACAGAUAACAUGUUCAAACAGACGUGUGCUGAUGAAAAAGAGACUACAAAAUCAGGUGUUGAACUCGUUGAAACCACAGAAAAUUUAGACAUGCCAAUAGUGCCAAACAUUGUAGUGACCCCAGAAGUAACCAUGGAGAGGUCAGAGGUCAAAUCUACUGCUGAGAACGAAGACCUCAUGGAGGACUCCUUGUCAGAGUUGCUGUCAUCUUGGCCAGAGAAGUCAGAUUCUAAGUCGGUUAGCAGUAUGUCUUCAGACCGUGUAUCUUGUGAUAAUCAGUCAAGCAUUCCCAGUGGAGUACAAUGGAGCAGAGGUCAAGGGUUAAAGAGCUCAAGUGGCAAGGCCAUUGAACCAGUGACCAUUCUGAAUCAUGGGAAACGCCCACUUUCACCAGAAAUAGGGGCAUCCCCUCCACCUAAGAGGAGAUCAAUGGAGGUGACCUUUGAUGAGAGUAGAACAUUUUCAACCCCUGGGAAGGAAAAUGCCUUUAAACUUUUUGCCAAAAUAACAACUCCAAAAGUGAUGACAGCUAACCCAGAAUGUUCUGAUAGUAGAGUAUCAGAAAUACUGAUGGAAUCUUGGGAUAAUUUAUCUGCAUCAGAGAAGACAACUUACGAACUCAAAGCAGGGGCGCAGAGUUUAGAGAAGGGUGGACACAAAUCAGUGGCGAAUCACAGCUUGAAAAACAAAGUUCAGAAGAGUAACCUGAACACGAGUGGCCUCAGUUCGACCCCUUCUAUCAAAGAGCAGCUGAUGAGGAACACGAACAGACCCAGAAAACAGCAGGCGGCGCCCAGAGAAGAGGACCAGCGGAUUGAAAAGACCCUCCCCUUCAGUAUCGGCAAACUAAGGAAGACUUUCUCUUCUCAUCCUUCUGAAAGUCUGAUGGCUUCCUCGUCUUGCUGGCAGCUGAUUGGUCCCUUGAAGUCAUGUGGUAUGUGGACCUGUUACCAUGACUACAAGAUUCACAUCUUGAAUCCCCACCGUGUGCAUGAAACUGUUUUAUACCAUCGACUGAUAAACGAGCAUGUUCUACCCUCUGAAGCAUUGGAACGACCAGUGAAAAUUACUCAAGAGGUAUUAGGAAAUCUUUGGGAACCAUUCAAGAAUUUAGCCAUUCAACACAAUACUACACAAAUGUAUUCAAUUCUACAAGACAGACGAUUCACCAGUAAUGGAAUCCAAAUCAAACUUUUCUUUGAUGUAGAGAGUGAAAUUCAGGCAGAAAUAUCUGCCCUUCCAGCAUGUAUUCCUACAUAUGGCAUAGAAGAUGUGAAAGAGAUACUAGAACUAAUAUAUUCAACAGGAACAGAUUCUGUUGCAGGGUCACGACCCCUCAAGGUCAUCAAUUAUCUAAAGUCUGAAGCGGUUCGAAUGGCUAGGCAGUUACCACGGCAACAAGACUAUGAUGACAUGGUAGAUCUUCUUUGUCAAGUUGAAGAGCUCUUACCAAAGGGAUGUAACUCUUGUCUUCAUGACAAACUGUUUUUGCAUGCUAUCUUUGACCUGAAUAAUAUUCCAUUAACUCAGUACUCACAAGAAGAAAAUUAAAUAAUAGAUGUAUAAUUUCAAUCAAUUUCACUGAAUAAUUUGUUCAAGUUUGUAUUUUGUUUCUAUAAAUAAAAUUUUUUAAACCAUG